UUUUGGACUAGGACAGGCCAUUCCAACUGUAUGAUCAUUAGUUGCCAGGUAUGUGGCAACAGAUAGAGCCAUGUGCAGCUGUGUGAUAGUGGGAGUAACGGUGGGAAUUCAAGGAACUCCCUUCUCGUUCCCAUGACUGAUAAAUGAAUGUGCCUGUUCGUACAGCUUGGUGUAUAGGUGACCAUGAGGCAGCCACAGUGGCUGCUUAUUGCAGUUGUGGAAUGCCUAUUCCUGUGUAUAUCUGGGCAUUGUGCUUACCAUAAUCGCAAGUAUAUCACUCGAAAUAUAAUAUCUAUGCAUGCUGGCAAUGUGACUGAAUUAGUGCAUCGCUGCUCAUCCACCAAAUGUUGUGCGAGUUAUUUUCGGCUCGUCGGCAACCAGGCAGAGGUGAUGCUUGAGGCUUGUCCUUUGGAUGAAAAUUGUCAGAAAUCCUUCUGUAAGCCUAACCGAGAUGAUGGCAGAUGGCAUGAGCUGGUCAUCAAGUGUGGGUGCAAAGAGGGCAGGUGCAACAAAAGCAGCACUUGGAGCCCUACGUUGAGUCCACGGCAAAACCAGCUGCAACCCUCCUUUCAUACUGUAGGUAGGAACUUAGCAUUUAUCAAGUCAUAAGCAACCAACCUCUUUUACUGUAGGUAGGAACUUAGCAUUUAUCAAGUCAUAAGAAACCCACGUCUUCUACAGUAUAGGAGCUAAGCAUUUAUCAAGUCACCUGCAACCCACCUCUUCUACUGUAGGUAGGAUCUAAGCAUUUAUCAAGUCACCUGCCACCCACCUUAUUGUUUGUAGGAACUAAGCAUUUAUCAAGUCAUAUGCUGCCCACCUCUUCUACUGUAGGUAGGAACUAUGAAUUGAUCAAGUCACCUGCAAACCACCUUUCAUAUUAUAGGUACGAACAAAGCAACGUGAUCUAAUAUAUAAAGUAACAAGUUAUGACUUGAGAUAUGGAUCUCACAAAAUAUUAUUCAUUGUUCAUCCUAUGAGUCCCUCUGGAAUCUUGCUCACAAUCUUUUCCAUGGGACUUCCUAAACCACUGUCCCAGCCCUGAAGCACUAAGUUUAGAAAUGAUAAAGUGAGCUUACCUCCCAUUUUCAUUACUGUUGGAACUGUUCUGUUCGUGUUCAUCAUGCUCAUUGCUGUUGGACACCUGUGGAGACACCUGUUCAAGGAGCAUGAGGAGGAGAAUCUGUCCUGUGUCGAUGGCGAGGCAGUCUUACCAUUGUGUUCCUGCCGAACAGCUACACCGCGCCCUAUUAACAGUGCUGACCUGGAAAUACAACAAGCUAUUGGCCGGGGUCACUUUGCAAAAGUAUGGCAGGGGAAAUACCAGGGCUCUGUGGUGGCUGUCAAAGUGUUUCAUGCAGGCUGCAAGCAAGAGUUCUCCUCAGAGAGAGACAUCUAUGAACUGCCACUGAUGGAACACUCAGGGAUCGCCCGCUUCUUCGGAGCCGGGAAGAGCCUAGACGGUGGCAGUUGGCUCUUAGUUCUGGAACUAGCGACAUGUGGUUCCCUCCACCACUUAUUGUGUGAUAAGCGUGGCAGCUGGAUGGCAUCCAUGAAGCUGUCUCAGUCUCUAUCCCAGGGGCUGGCAUACCUCCACUCUGACCUCCACAGACAAGGUACGCACAAACCUGUAGUGGCCCAUGGAGACCUCAGCAGUGGCAACGUGCUUGUAAGAGCAGAUGGGACGUGUGCCCUGAGCGACUUCGGAUGCUCCACCAUCCUGCGUUCCUGUUCGGGACGUCCAGGCUGGGACUCUCUUAAGAUCAUAGCGGAUUGCGGGCAGGUUGGCUCCCUGCGCUACAUGUCCCCUGAGAUCCUGGAGGGCUGCGUGGAUCAAGGCUGGUCUCUGGUGCAAGCCGACGUCUACUCCCUGGGACUGCUGCUCUGGGAGAUCUGGAUGCGCUGCUCGGACCUCUUUGAAGAUGGCAUGGUGCAUAAGCACACCCUGCCGUAUGAAACCGAGCUGGGAUCCAGCGUGACUCUGGAAAGACUCCUGCUCUAUGUGUCUCAGAUGAACAAGAGGCCUUCCAUACCCAAACGAUGGGAACGGGAAACUCAGGGAGCGUUACUCCAGGAACUGGUGACAGACUGCUGGGACCAUGAACCGGAUGCUCGGCUAACAGCUCAGUGUGUUGUCGGCAGAUUACACGCCCUUCAAACUAUUCACUCGGUGUGAUUUGUAAUGGCGUAUUCUUUUUGAUUUUAAAAUUAUUAUUUUUGUCAUCCGAAAACACCUUUAACGACUUAUCUGUUUUGACUUGUUAUAAUAGAAAUUAUUUCGAACUGUACACUUUUUUUGUUGUUUCGACAUUUAAAGUCCUACAUUUUCUUCACAACUUUUCGGUCUGCUCCAUUGGAUCGAUUAUACUUACUACUACUCUUUUUCAUAUCACAUAGGUAUAAUACUAGUAUACAUUUUGUUGAUACAAUGUCACUGCACUGAUUGAAUCAUUAAAUUACCUGAAGAUUA